UUUCUUUUUCCUUCCUCAGCAGUGGCCUUCAAUGGAUCCAACUCCUCUUUUCAACGACUCCCCCUAGAAUUGACCGAGACAGAGAGAGAGGACUAAUCUUCUUUUUGAGACAGGAAGAUUCAAGAUUUUUCCUUUUGCGCUAGAAUUGGAGUCCACUGAAACAAAUUCAAUUUUGAUUGAUCAGGGAAAUCCCAAUUAGAAGAAGCUCAGAUUUGCAAUGCAAAUUUACCCGAAUUUAAAUCAAUCCCAUUUCCCAAAUUCCAUCGUCGAGUUUAUUCCUUGAGUACCCAUAAAAUGGUUUGCGAUCCGAACCUCAUCCUCUACACCUGCAUUGCCAGAGGGACCACGAUACUCGCCAGAUUCACCAGAGAACCCGAUCUCGAACCUUUAGCUAUAAAAUGCAUUGAGAAAUCUCCACCUCACCACUCCAUGUUCUUUCAUACCAUUAGAAGCCGAACCUACACGUUCUUGAUCCAAGACCCUUUUGUGUAUUUUGCUGUAUUCGAUGAGGAUUUGGCACAAUCAGAUGGUCUUUGGUUCCUAAAGCACCUAAAAGGCUCUUUCGAGGAGAUUGUCGAAGGCGGGGCUUUAAAAGGAUUGGAUAAUAUUAACUCUCUUUGCCUUCAAAGGCAAUGCGAUUCCAUAUUUCGCGGAACAACGACGUUGAAUUUGAGCAUGGUGAAUGUUUCUCCCGGGACUGAACCCAAGGUUAGUCGGAAUACGAGCUUGGACUCGGUUAAAGGGAUGGAGAUGGCCAUUACAACGCUGCUUCGCUCAAAUCCAUGCAAAAGCUUGAAGAAGAAGAAGAAGAAGAAGAAGAAGAUGAAUGGAGAUGCUAAAGGUGACGAUGUAUUGAAAAAUAUGGUGUAUGUCGCUCAAGAUGUUAAUAGUGGUGUGUACAAGGAUUUUUCGUUGCCAGUUCAAAAGGGCUCCGCAAAUGAUCGGCAAAAGGCAAAACAACUUUGGAGAAAACAUGUUUGGUUUGUGUUGUUGCUGGACUUGUUUGUGUGCUCGGUUUUGUUCGUGAUAUGGUUGUGGGUAUGCCAAGGGUUCAAGUGCAUUGAAGGUUGAACUACGGUGUUUUUUUAAGCUCUUUUUUCUUGUGGCCUGGACUUAUGACAAAGACUUUCACGAGCAGUUGUUCUCUGGUGGGGGACGUAUAUUAAGUAAGUGUUGUCGAUUGCAUCUAUUGAUUUUGCUUUGGUUUUCUUCAUGAAAUCUUUGAUGAAUUUCAAGGCAAGUUAUAUAGGGCUCGUUAUACUUCUCAUUAAUGUUAGCUGCUCUCUUGUAAUGUGUCAAACCACAUAGCUGUAGAUAUUACUUGUGCAGGAAUUGCAUUUAUACGGGGCGUCUCUUUCU